AUGAAUGGAGCGACACUUGCAAUUUUAGUUGCUACAUUUUUGGCAAUUGUCAUUGUUCUUUGGGUCGCAAAUUGCACAGGUUGCUUCAAGAGCAAACCCGCUGUAGAAGAAGUAAUCGCGAGUGAACCUUUAGUUACAGUUUCACCUGUUGUCGUAAGCAAUAGCGUUAUAUAUACAAAUCCAAAUCAUACACCUCUCUUGCAACCAAAUCAAUAUCCUUCAAAUGGACCUCUCAUUAUCGAUCAAAAUGCUCCUCCACUUCCUACUUCCGUCGCAUUUGAAUCAGCCGACUUUCCAUCUGUUACACAAAAAGCUCAGACUACAAUGCAAUCUACUGAAUUUCCUUCAGUUACUCCAAAUAUGCAAUAG